ACAUGCAGAGCCCGGGAGCCCAAGACAAUGUCUCCGUUUCCCAGGGUGUUCGCAUGAUGUUUUAUCUGAUGAAGCCCAGUGAAACCGCCUUCCCAACCGUUGAAGAGGUGCCCGAUUACGUUAAAAAGGCCACUCCAUUUUUCAUCUCCCUGAUUCUGCUUGAACUGGUCACCAGCUGGAUUCUCAAGAGGAAGGCACCGGGUCGCCUCGAUGAUGUUCUGACAUCCAUGUCAGCUGGUGUUGUGUCUCGGCUUCCAAGUCUGUUCUUCAGGAGCCUUGAAGUGACCAGCUACAUUUAUAUAUGGGAGAACUACAGACUUGUUGAUUUGCCUUGGGAUUCUCCAUGGACAUGGUAUUUGACCUUCUUAGGAGUUGACUUUGGCUACUACUGGUUCCACCGCAUGGCCCAUGAGAUUAACAUUAUUUGGGCUGCACACCAAGCGCACCACAGUUCCGAAGACUAUAACUUAAGCACAGCACUGAGACAAUCUGUCUUGCAGCCAUAUAGUUCCUGGAUUUUCUACUCUCCCUUGGCUCUCUUCAUCCCACCUCCAGUGUUUGCUGUUCAUAUCCAGUUCAAUCUCCUGUACCAAUUUUGGAUUCAUACAGAGGUCGUCAGAAGCCUCGGCCCCUUGGAACUGGUUCUUAACACUCCUAGCCAUCACCGGGUUCACCACGGCAGAAAUCGUUACUGUAUUGACAAAAACUAUGCCGGCACUCUUAUUAUUUGGGAUAGAAUUUUUGGGACAUUUGAAGCAGAGAAUGAACAGGUUGUAUACGGUCUAACGCACCCCAUUGAUACAUUUGAGCCAUUCAAAGUUCAGUUUCACCAUUUACUCUAUAUAUGGAACACAUUUUGGGCUACACCUGGAUUCUUCCAUAAGUUUUCUGUCCUAUUUAAAGGACCAGGAUGGGGUCCAGGUAAACCAAGACUUGGCCUAAGUGAAGAAAUUCCAGAGGUCACAGGACAGGAGGUCCCCUUGUCAUCAGCAGCAUCCCAGCUAUUAAAGAUGUACACUGUCCUGCAGUUUGCAGUAAUGCUGGCAUUUUAUGAAGAGACAUUUGCAAACGCAGAGGCUCUGUCUCAAGUCACUCUGCUCCUGAGGGUCUGCUCCAUUAUCCUGACCUUGACAUCCAUUGGUCUCCUUCUGGAUCAAAGACCCCAGGCAGCCAUUGUGGAAACUCUCCGUUGCCUGAUGUUCCUAACCCUGCACAGACUGGGUCAUUUCAAGCCUCUUGUCCCAGCUUUAUCAUUUGUAUUCGAGAUUUUCUUUUCUGUUUGCACUGCUUUCUGGGGAGUGAGAAGCAUGAAACGACUCACCGCUGGCUCUUGGAAAUAGCCCAACUACAGACAGCUAGCUCUCUUGGUCCUGUCA